AGUUUCAAUGUUAGUUUGAGUUUUAGCUUUAAACGUGCUCUAUCGCAGAAGAGCAUUCACGAAAAGGGAAAUUUCGUACAAUAGGCCAUCGCCCGAAGGCAUUCAACCAUCCUUCAGUAUUAUUUUUGUGAAUUGAUAACUUUCAGUCAGAGUAUGGAGAAUUUUUGGAAGAUAUUACUUUUUAUUGGAUGGUUUCGUUUUUCGGUUAGUGAAGAGCAAUGCAUGGUUUCUGUCUAUUAUUUUCCGAUUGGUGUCGAGUACACAUGUGUUGGACUAUCAACGCUGAAUCACAAGAUUGAUCACGCUUAUAAAAAUACAACUGCCAUUACGAUUCAGGAUUCAGAUUUGAUGGUUAUUUCAGGCUAUCCGUUUUCAACUUUCUACACCACUCUCACAUCACUGGACAUUCACAAUUCCCGAAUUCGCUCCAUCGAGGCUACUGCACUUUGGGGUCUCGUGUAUUUGCAGAAGCUGAGUCUCUGGGGUAACAACUUGACGUGGAUACCAGGUGACUGGUUUACUCAUCUGACGCAUUUGAGAACUUUGGACGUAUCAUUUAAUAACAUUUACGCUAUUGAUUACAAUGUUUACUACAAACUACCAAAUUUGAAUAUUCUCAAUAUCGCUAAUAACAAACUCAAGACAAUUGAAUACAACUUGAUGCCGCUCAUGACACAAUUGAGGAAGAUUGAGUUCGGAAAUAAUCCAUUGGAUUGGUCGUACCGAAUACUCUUGACAUGGCAACUGGAUAAUCAAAGGGUGGACUACAAGGACAAGUGGAAUGAUUGGGAUUGGCUAAGUAGCGCCAUUCAAGAGUGUCAGAAUAGCGGAUAUCCACCAGUACCAGAUACGAAAUUAUUAUACUGCGGUUUCGAAAAAUUGCUGGAGUUUCUCGGCAAAAAUUGGCCUUCUUCCCUUAAUAGUUCAUCAAUCUGGCUCAAUCCUGGUCAUCCUCCGUUUCAAGCUUGCUCAAGGUUGAAACAGUGUCUUAGAUCGAUGACAACUGUGGAUGGAUCUUCUCUGUCUUUAAAAUUAUUGUCAACUUUAUCACAAGAAUUACGUCGUACUGAAAAUCCACUAUACACGUUCCAAGGCUCUUAAUUACAAUAGCUCAAUAUUUACCACAAAAUAUUCAUUAGAACAACUUUUUUUCUCUACUGUGAAUUUAUCUCCUGUACAUGACGGUCCUGAAGCUGAUGUAUAUUAAAAGUUUAUCAGAUUUAUAUUAUAGCUAUUCCAAUGAAUGCCAGCAUGAAUAAUAAUCGAUUAACAAAUUA